GUGCUCCCAGGUAGCUCAGCCCUUUGUGGACAAUGCGCCCUUCCGCGUAACAAUAUUUCCUCCAGAGCAUUGAUACGCUUCCGCGACGUCAGGUCCUCCUAUAUCAUCAGUCUCAGUCCUACUCGACCUUCAUGGAGAGGUAGCUCGCGCCCGCAGCUAUGGAAGCGUAUCCGCCCGAAUACGUCCUCCACAAUCUGCCCUUCGUGGUACUUUCUGGCCUGGCAGUCAAACAAGAGCCUGAACCGCCCCGACCCCUCCGCGAUGUCCUGCCCGGCCGAGCAGUUACCACCAUCAGCUCCGAGCUGCCCCCCGUAUCUGGCGAACGCGCGAACCAGCUGCUCCAGGAGUUCUUGAGCUAUGACGGAACAGAGGCGCCGUGGAACACGCGUGGGCUAAGUCGCCGAGGAAACUUGUCUGGCUUCAGAAUACGGGCAGUAGGGAGGGACUUCCAAUUUCCCCCAAAGAAAGCUGAUGCUCCCACCACCUCCGAGACUACCCCUCCUGGUAGCCCCACGAUAGCUGCCGCGACAUCAUGGGUCCUUCAUUCUCCCAUAUCGCCGCUAUCGCCUGGCUCCUCCAUCUUCCCGGAUGGAGUCAUGGCGCCGUCGUGGGUAGCGAAGCACCAGGACUACAUUCCCUCGGUGUUCAUAUCCUUCUUCGAUUUCGGCACAGACCCGAUCACGAAUAGUCUGCAUGACAAUCAGCUGAAGACAGAGAUCAACAAGGUCAAAGUUCAGAUCCAGAAGUCAGACAAUCGCACGAGAUACGCCGUAGUACUAUUGAGCGACAAAUCGAUUUUAGAGGCACCCGAUAUCGACGACCGUUUGAAUACAAUACGGCGAGCUACCGGCCUUGAUCACAAGAUGCUAUAUUUUCUACCGCCUAGCUCCCAGGUCGAGCAGCGUUCAUUUGUACAGUCUGUUCUAUCAACUCUGCAACCUGUCUGCGUCGAGUACUACAGAGACCUUACGAAGCAUGCACGGCGGAAGAAGGGAAGGGGUACGAUCCCUCCGCCCACCGCUCCGCCUACUAGAGGUACCUCUCAAACGCUAUCGCAUCCUGGCUGGGCAAUACGGUAUGAUUUCAAGCUAGGUGUCUUCGCCGAGUUCCGGCAGGAGAUGGAUGCAGCGCAGAGACACUAUAAUAUCGCCCUGGAUGCUUUGUUCGGUCCUGAAGGCCUGUUUGAGACCACUGCAAGUUGGUCGCCUAGGUGGGAGGAAAUACGACUACUAGCGGAUGCCAUCGCCCUCCGGCACAUCCGCUGUCAGCUGUGGAACAACUACCCGACUUCGGCAGUACAGACCUGGCUCAAGUACAAGACAAAGCUUAAGGAUGUAUUGGAUCGGCGUGGGAAAGGGACAUCGAACUAUGGGUGGGAAGCUUGGGAGUCGACCUGGGCCGAAGCCAUGGCGCAAGUCAUACAGCGCACUAAGCUAGAGGUCUUUAGGAUAACGCAGCCUAUCUCCGACGCGGAUCCCUUGGUCGAUGGCGUGAAUCCAAUCUUCGCCCCACCUGAGAAGCAGUUCCCGAUAGGCGAACGGUUACCGCCCUGGGAGCUUCUCCACCAUGCGGGCUAUUGGUAUAAACUCUCCGCCGAUCAUGCAAAGAGAAGGUAUCUUCUGGCCAGGGAGAUUCCCGAGGAAGACCGCACGCCGCCAGGAAUGUCACCUGCGACGAAAGUCUCCCAUAGGAACCAGAUCUACGACCAUUAUCUUGUUCCUGAACCUCACGUGGAGUUCCCUCUGCAAGGUGCGCCUGGAGGUUUUGAGCACUGGAAGGAUAUUGCAGGAAAAUUGCAUGCUGCAAUCACCGAGUUCGAAAUCCGUGGGCAGCCUCGAAAAGCCCACCAGCUGCAGCUAGAGGCGGCCAGGACACUACUACACAUGAAGAGAUUCACCGAAGCUUUCAAAGUGCUACGACCAUUAUGGGAGACUAUGGCGUGGCGACGCGAAGGCUGGUGGAACCUUGCCUCGGAGGUGCUUUGGGGUCUUCAUGAAUGCUCUCUUCAUGUUCGCAAUGCUGAAACGUACGUCGCCACUGAAUGGGAGCUCUAUUCGCGAGUUUUUGGCGGCAAGGUAAGAUACAGGCAUGACUUGAUGGCGUGCUUAGAUUCAUUUCCACGAGAGAGUUCUUCCAACGAAAAGGUCACUGUCGCCCUUAAUACUAGCGACUUCGUCUCCUUCUUGUCUGUCACAUUUACAUUUGAGAAAGGCGAAGGCAACGUGGGCGAGCCACUUCUAUCACAGAUAGCCGUCACCUCAACAGCAAGACAAGGCUCAGCUCCGAUAACCUUAUCUAGCUUAGCUUUCCAAUUCGAAGGCUGCUUGAGCGAGGUCCAUUUGACCCAUGACGCGGAGGCUUCUAUGUCGGAGCCUGAGUCUCAACUCCACCAAUGCGUCCUCGACGAACAUACACCCUUGGCGCCGUCCGAACAGAAACCCCGCUGGGCUGGAAGCGCCGACCUAACGAUACACCCGGGCCAGACGAAGGUUUACAGUUUUCCCAUCAUCUUCCGAGAAGCUGGUGAUGUGGAAACUAUCGGCAAUGUCCUUAGGAUAGACACAAAUCGCUUUGAUCUCGCCUGCUCAGAUGGUAACAUGGAAAGCGAGACUCCACCGUCGUGGUGGCUCAAGUCUGGACCCAAACUCAAGUCAAGAAAGCUUAAUAGGCUCUCUGGAACACUUGUCAAGGUGCUCCCCAAACCUCCAAAAAUGGAGAUACGGCUUCCUAAUCUUCGUGAUCAUUACUACACGGACGAGCCCGUCAAACUUACGAUCGAGGUUUGGAACGGGGAAGAGGAGGAUACCGAGGCUGUUCUUGAGGUGAGAUUAUUGGGCCGAUCGAAAGAUACCCUAGGAUAUUCCUGGGUUGAUCGGGAUGCUUCCUCACCUAUGAAAGAAGUACUUCCCGCGCUGGACGAUUCUACCGAUGUCGAUCUUCCGGGCCAUGUGGUGGGCCGUCUUGCACCAAGCGAGAAAACUAUGGAGAAGAUUCGUUUCAAUGCGCCUAUAGAGCCGUCGGACUACGCCUUGGAAGUCAAAGUCCUCUACCACCUCCUCAGCGACCGUGACAUACCCAUCUCCAAGACCAUGAUCGCUGAUCUCAUCUUCAUUGGACCUUUCGAGACGAGCUACGAACUUACGCCCCGAGUGCAUCCUGAUCCAUGGCCCAGCUACUUCGAGCUUGGGGACGCCGAAAGCAAGCCUCAUGCAGACUCAAUCGAUGCAUUCGGCAUUGCGCAAAAGUGGCAUCUGAGGGCAAAGGUUGCAUCUUUCGCCGAAGAGGUGCUUCUCGUGAAAGAUCUUGCCGUCGAGAUUCACUCUGUUCAUGGAGGUGCAACAUGCGACGUAGCACGGGAGUUCGACACUGUCGACGUGUCUAUGCAGCCUUCGGAGAUCAACGAGUGGUCGUUCUGUAUAGACUGCCGGAAGAUUAACCUGGAAGAACGUCGGGCAACAGCACUUGACACGACUCUAAAUGUCCUGUGGCAGCGAUACGGCGAUCCAGGCAAUCCUGUGGUCAUGACAAGCCUCCCUAUACCUCGCAUACACAUUCCCAGCAGCGAGCCUCGCGUGCUGGCAACGGCUCUACACUCGGCUUCAGUCAGCGGCCUCGUCUACAUGGAUUACACGCUUGAGAACCCAACUAUACAUUUCCUCACCUUCGAAUUGAGCAUGGAAGCUAGUGAGGAAUUUGGGUUCGGUGGACCUAAGCUUCGUACUUUGCAGCUUCUGCCGAUGAGCAGGCAGACUGUCCGAUACAACAUCUUCCCCCUAGCGACUGGUGCUUGGAUUACGCCACAGCUGCGAGUAGUGGAUCGCUAUUUCAACAAGACUCUAAAAGUGCAGCCUACAGAUGGGUUGCAGUUGGAUAAGAAAGGUGUGAGCGUGUGGAUUCCGGGUGACGAGCGAGGAGGGCCGAAGGAGUGAGGACGGGGUUUCGUAGGCUGUGUGUGCUCUGCUUGGUAGCAGAAGCUGAGCGCCUUCACGACCUAGAAUAGCUUGGUAGCAUAAUGCUAUGUGACAAAGCCGUAAGUCGGCGGAAA